GGGUGACACCUCUGGGAUUCCGUGAGUCCAGGACCUUAGUCAGGGGGAGGCUGGGAACCCUGGGCAAGUGGCCAGUUACUUUGAUGUCUUUCCCUGUUAAAUUUUCCAGAUGGAACAGAAUACAGAGCUGACCCUGAACCCACCAGAAGGGAUUGUAGCAGGUCCCAUGAAUGAAGAGAACUUCUUUGAAUGGGAAGCCCUGAUCAUGGGUCCUGAAGACACUUGUUUUGAGUAUGGGGUUUUCCCUGCUAUCCUGAGUUUCCCGCUCGAUUACCCGCUGAGUCCUCCGAAGAUGAGGUUCACGUGUGAGAUGUUCCAUCCCAACAUUUACCCAGAUGGGAGAGUCUGCAUCUCUAUCCUUCAUGCUCCUGGGGAUGAUCCCAUGGGGUACGAGAGCAGCGCAGAGCGGUGGAGUCCCGUGCAGAGCGUGGAGAAGAUCCUCUUGUCAGUCGUUAGCAUGCUGGCAGAGCCAAAUGAUGAAAGUGGAGCCAAUGUAGACGCCUCCAAGAUGUGGCGGGAAGACAGAGAACAAUUUAACAAAAUUGCCAAGCAGAUUGUGCAGAAGUCACUUGGACUUUAAGCUCACAGAGAGACUGAAGUGUUUUGUAUUUCUCUCCACCUGGAAACGAGCAGUGCUCAGUGCUGGUACCAAAAAGGAAAACUUUGUAAAACUCUUGGCCUAGUUCUUAUAAUUUGUUAUUUAUUUACCAUCUCUUUUCUUCCACUGCUACAGAGAAGCCUCUAGUUCACUCACUAAAUUGUGUGGAAAAGGGAUUUAAUGGUAGAGAAAAAUACAGAGACAAUGCUCUUUCAAAGGCUGCAUGUUGCUACCUUACUUUGUGGUGUGGAAAGCCUGGACACCUGGCAAUCUGCAGCCCUCCCUCACCCAUCUGCUGUUGGAGAGCAGUGCCGGUUUGGAUGGUCUGCUGGCAGAAUUAGUUGUGUUUCUAUAGGUAGCAUUGCAUCUGGAGCAGCAGUAGACAGGAAUUACUCUAUCCAUUCUGUACUUGUUAGGUUAAGGGCAGCAGUUGCAGUCAGGUCUGAUUUGAAGAGUAUAGUUAGCAGGAGAGGCUGUAAAGCAGGGCUAUAGUCAAGGUGUGUUAGCAAAGAAAGGAACUUUAGGGAUUGAGCUGUGAGAACUGGCUGGGGGUCUGGAAAAGCCUGGUGUUCCCAUGUACCACUGUGAGUUUAUACUGAGCCUUUCAGUCAGUGUUGGCUUGGCAGAAAUUCCAAGAGCUGCUUUAUUAGUCCUUGAAGACACUCAGUUGUAAACUUCACACUCAGAGGCACAAGGUGUAAAGGCUGGAUUGUGCAAGUUCACCUGGGUGAGAUAGGUCAUUGACAGUUGGAAAAUCCAGUGAGGAUGUGUUUGCUCUGCUGGGCAUCUUCAUAGCUCUGCAAGAAUAUUGGCUUGCUCUGGUGGCACAUGAGUGUUGGGAGGAUUUGGCACUGCUUUGCCAUUGCAGCCCCAUCACCCAUUUUCAGGUGAACGAGCCAAGGUGAGCAUGAUGGACUUACAAAAAUAACCUGUGACACUCUACACUGAGUGCUCUUGUGUAUUAAAUAGGAGCCAGAGAAGAUGGGCUGUUUGCUCCAGGAUGGUAGGACAUGUGCUUUGGACAUUUGCAGUGUUGUAGCCAGUGUGAAAGGGUGCAGGAGAUACCAGCUGGUCAGCUCCUAAAACUGCUGAGGGGCCUCUGCUAACCUUUCUGCUUUGCAAGCCAAUCUCAUGCGUAGGUCCAAAUUUCUCCAAUUUACUACAAGCAAUAACAUGCCCAUUGAUAGCACAUGGGAUCCGAUUUUGUUGGCAGCUUUAAAUGGGCUAAAUUUGACAAGGGCUGUUUUGUUUUUUUGGUUUUUUUUUUUAAUGUGAAAAAGUGUGAUGUGGAAGGAGUCACACCACGAAGAAAGCUUUACAGAGGUGAUCGUGUGCAUGUGUGUGGUACAACUGUUCAGCAUUUCUGUCUUGCUGUCUGUGCUGCAGAUCACACUUUGCCAUCGUUGUGCACCUCUGAAGAGUUGUAUUGCUACAACCUGCUGAUUUUACCUCCUUGUAGAAGUAAUUGUGGCUUUGAUGUCAGGGUGGAAGUGGGACUGGACAUAGCUUGGGAGCAGAGAUGAUGAAAUAGUGUUGUACCUAACUAGUAUUUCAAGGCAUACAGGAAAAUGUAGCACUUUAUGCAAACUGGGAGUGUUUUUUGGAGUAGAGGGAGGAUUUCUCCUGGGAGUACUGCAGCCACCUUCAGGAGCAACGCUGGAGAGCUGCAGGAGCCACUGCAGAAACACAGACAUGGCAAAAGUGGGGUUUGCUAAAGUGCUGAGUGUUUUAUUCAUGUGUGCUUGCUCAUUAUCUUGAUUUUAUGGUGGGAUUUAGUCUGUAUACUGAAAAUAAAGUGCUUAUAUUUUCUCCUUUUAUAGUUGUACACAAAUGUAUAGCAGUGGGUGUUGUAUAUGAGUAACCACACAGCCAAGAGACUUGCUCCAAAGGAGUGGAAGGGUUCAUUCUAACCCAGUUAAAACAUGCCAUACUCUAGGAGUGAAAGAGCUGACAUGAUUGCAUGUACUUUCCAGGCAAGUGUCUUGUCUCUAAUGCUGGCAGUGGCUGGGUAAUUCAAAGAAAACUGUAAAAAUCUGAUGGUGGGCAGAUGUGGUGUAGUUUGCUCCUUACAAAUGUCAUUAUCUCCAUGUGUCUGGCCUAGGAAGUUCUUGUGAACAUGCAACAGGUGAGUUCAUUCAGAAUGUGCUGGUAUCAGCACUUGGAUUUGAGGAGGACACGUAGAUCAUAGAAUCACUGAAUGGUUUGUUUGGAAACAGAUCUUAAAGUCCAUCUAGUUCCAACCCCCUGCCAUGGACAGGGACAACUUCCAUUCAAGCAGGUUUCCUGGAUGCCCAGUUCCUACUCAGAGUUCCCAUAGACCUCAAAUCUCUGUUCAAAAGUAAAAAGCCUUCCUUUUAAAGUGACUGACAUGCAGUGGUCUUGCUGGAUGGGCAUUUGAAGCCACCCAGUGACCAUAUCUACCUCUCAGUCUUAAAGGUGACAAAAUGUAGGCAGAAAUUCACCUCAGAGGACUGAAACUUGGUGUCGAGGUGAGAAGUGUUCUAGCUGGUGGCUGUUUACUGAGCUGAAGCCAGUGGGUGAGCAUUUGUGUUUGUCAAAAGAAAUUCAUUGUUCAUUGUGCUCAUUUAGGAAGGAAUUUUUCCCUGUGAGGGUGGUUAGGCCUGGCACAGGCUGCCCACAGGAGCUGUGGCUGCCCCAUCCCUGGGAAUGUCCAAGGCCGGGGCUUGGAGCAACCUGGGCUAGUGGAAGGUGUCCCUGCCCAUGGCAGGGGAUGAAAUGGGAUGAGCUUUAAGUCCCUUCCAACCCACACCAUUCUGUGACUCUAUGGAAGGUUUAAAGAUGGCAGUGUGGUUGGCAUGUUAGAUUCCCAGUUUCUAGUUGCCGAAAAGAACUAAAACUUCAUUAUUCUGCAAACUGCAACCUUGCAUAAAGCAGGUGGGUUCAGCUCACACAGUGGAGGUGUGUGGGCUCCUGCUGUGACCAGCUGAGAGGGUCUCAUGGCACAUACACCUUACUGCAGGUGGGGAACACCUGAAAGUUAAAGCUUGUAAAGCUGGUGUGUAGCUCCUGGGAUAGACUUCCCUGAAAGACUUUAAUUGUGUCCCUGAAUGAACACUCAUGUUGGCAAGGAUGUGCAGUACUGGCCAGUAGCAAUGUUUUUCUGAGCAGUUGUCUUUUUUCAGCCUGAAACACUUACUAUAAAACAUGUUCCUUGGGGAGUGUCAGAGCUCUACAGGUGUUAUGCAUGUAGGUAAAGUAUUAAAGAUUUUUUUAAAAA